AUGGCGGUUUCCAUGCCCCCAAGAACAUUGACUGCGUCUGAACAGACGCACAAAGAUGGGCUGGAACCUCGACUGGUCCUUUCUACAUCUGCCCAUGUUUCGGAAGCUCCACUUCAAAGUCCGCUAGAGCUUCUCGACAUCAGCGUUGCGGAAAAUGUUCAAGCAGUAUCCAGUGAUCGUAUGAUAAAGACUCUGGAGAAUGCACCGGAAGAGAGACCAGAAUCCUGCGAGCAGGAGCCCUUUGUUCUUCCGCGUGAACACCCCCUCUUUCCACCGCUUCCGUCAUAUGGUUCUCCUACCAUCGGUGGGAGUAUCAAGUAUAUCAUGAUCAGGUGUUUUGCAUUCAUCAUGUCCCUGAGUUUUCUGACUGCCGUCUUCAUCGGCGCGUUGUUACGGACGGCGGGGACGGUCCUUGUCAAUGCCGGAGCAAGACUGCGCGGCCAGAAGCCGGCGUCGGACCGGAUGUUUGUUACCGAGGAAACGAGGCGGCGACGAGCCCGCGAUGCUGCGAACAUGGAAUGGCACGUCCGGUUACAGAAUCAGCACAUGGACGAGGAGCAAGGCCAGGAUGAUUGUCCACCGCUGGAAGGGGGCAAGGACCGACUGGUCUGUAACGUGGCGUAUUAUGCCCGACGUGUAGGUCUGGACGUGGAGACGUUUCGUGUUCAGACCGAAGACGGGUUUAUCAUCACACUCUGGCAUGUUUUCAAUCCCCAAGAGUACACUGCCCUGCCAGCGGAGCAACGCAAAGAGCGCGGACCCAAGGUGUUUACUGGUGCGAAAUUUCGUCCCAGCGCCAGUUGCAAUGCAAAACCGCGGUAUCCUGUCCUCCUGAUGCACGGAUUGCUGCAAAGUGCCGGCGCUUAUUGCACCAACGAUGAUGACAGUCUUGCCUUUUUCCUCUGCAAAGCCGGAUACGACGUUUGGCUGGGAAACAACCGCUGCGGGAUGACACCCGAGCAUGCCACGCUAUCCCCAUCUGAUCCACGCAUGUGGUCGUGGGAUAUCCGCCACCUGGGUACCCUCGACCUGGCCGCGCUUACAUCCCGCGUGCUGUACCAGACUGGAUUUGACAAAUUGGGUCUCAUCUGCCACUCGCAAGGAACCGCUCAAACCUUCAUAGCCCUAGCAAAGGAGCAUCGACCCGAAUUGGGCAAGUACCUAUCCGUCUUCUGCGCCCUUGCCCCCGCAGUCUACGCCGGGCCUCUCAUUCGACGAUCCUAUUUCCGCUUUAUGGGUGCAUUGUCACCAGAGGCUUUCCGGUUGUUUUUCGGAAUCCAUUCCUUCAUCCCCUUCAUGAUGACCGUGCAUCGGGUCUUUCCUUCCAGGCUAUACGGCCUGCUGGGAUAUACUGUCUUUUCCCAUCUCUUCAGCUGGUCCGAUCGCCGAUGGGAGCGAGAUCUUCGAGAUCGCAUGUUCCAAUUCGCACCCGUGUACGUCAGCUCCGAACUCAUGCGGUGGUGGAUAGGCAGCGAAGGGUUUGCCAAACAUAAGUGCAUCCUCGCGACGGAAGACAAAUAUAAUAAAGACAACGAGGCUCACCGCUUCACUGAUGAACCUGACUCGGUCCAUGCGGGAGAUGAUGACCCGAAUGAGCCGGCCCAGGCCCCAGUUCAUGAUGAUGGAUCGUGGUACGAUCACCAAGCACCACCAUUCGCUCUAUGGAUUGGAGGAUCCGAUGACCUCGUCGAUGGGCACAAGUUACUCCGUCGAUUCGAGCGAGGUAUCGAGCCCCACGUGAACGUGGUUCAUUCCAAGAUCAUCGAGGAAUAUGAACAUCUUGAUGUCCUGUGGGCCAUAGAUGCCAUCGAACAGGUCGGCAAAGAAGUUCGGCAGAUUCUCUGGGACACCAUGCCCGACGAAGUACGUGCCACUUGUCGAAAGCCUAGAGGUAUAAAUUAG